AUAAAUAAAUGAAAAGAAAAAGAAGGGGGCAACUCCCGUCGAUUGAACAAGUCUGAAGCUGAAGUGCAGGGUAGGAUACUUCUUUCAAAUUUAUGUGAUCGGGAACCCUAAACCCCCAAAGCCUUUGACUUUGUUCAAUCCUUCGACAUGAGUAUGACCCAAUUCGCCAUGGUUGAGGAAUUGGCUUUUCUUGUCAAGGACAAUCUUCCUUGCAAGCAUCUAGUUCUCACAAUGGAAGAAUCCCUUGUUAACUUUCUUCAGGAUGAUGACACUAGUUCAGAUGGGAUCUUGGAAUUGGAGCCAAUGAACUCUUACAAUCGUCUUCUAUUGCAUCGCCUUGCUGAAAUAUUUGGGUUUGCACAUGAAUCUGUUGGCGAAGGAGAUGAUCGCCAUUUGAUUCUGGAAAGAUGUCCAGAUACGUCCAUACCUCCAGUCCUUGUUAGUGAUAUCCUAUGGAAGUAUGAUGAUGAACCUCAAUCUUUGGUUACAUCCCACCAAAUAUUAAGGAGAAGUGAAUCCUCUCCAGUCUUGCAGAAAAACACAGCAUCCCUUUCACAGUCACUUGAGGAGAGAAAAGCAGCUUAUUUAAUUGCUCGUGAGCGAAUUUUCUCUAUGAAGUUGGAAGAGGUAAAAGAGCCUGGUGAACAAAAGCCACGGAGUGUGCCUGUGGUUGCCCGCAGAAUGAUUGCCCAUGCCCUAGGUCAAAGAAUCAAUACAAAGAAUCAGAAUGACUUGGCUAGUGAUAGUAUGAAGGAUGGAGUCCUCACAGAUGAAUUGAAUGCUCAAGAUAAGAAUAUGGAAGAGUCCACUCUCAAGAAAGUUUCUGAAGAGUAUUCACACCUAAGAGGGAAUUCAAACAACAGCAUAAGAAACACGAGCAGUUCUAAUGCAGCCUCACUUAAUAAAAGGAAUGAUCAAACAACAGUUGACAAAGAUUUGCCAGAAUUCUCUCAAGAAAGAAAACAAGGGCUUAGUGUAAGUAAAGACUACAUAAAAAAGGAGCACUUGGGAGCUGCAAAGAGAAUGUUUGCUCAUGCUUUAGGAGUGCAUUCUGGGAAGGAUGGUUCUGUUCCUAGAAGUAGAAGUGGAGAAAUAAAGAAGAAUUAGAUGAAAAGGUUGUGAAGUAUUUAAAAGCAGAAUGGUAUUCUGUUGCUCCAAAUGGACCUGGAUAGGUGCUCCCCAAGUUUCAAUCAAGCACGAAGAUGAGUAACGAGCAUGCUUUACUCAGGAGAUUCAUGCGAAAGACUAUCGUAGUAUAAAGUUGGUUGCCUAGUUCUGUGAUUGUGCUGUAGUAAAUUCCCUAGCAGUCAAGUGAAAGGGAAUUCUUGAAAAAAACUAUCCAGAAUCAAGUUUGACCUGAUUUGGAGUGAACAGGUUAUGGUGUUUUGGCCCCUCGUCUAUAUGUUGUUGUAAGACAUGUAGUUCCAGUUUCAUUCUACUGUGUUUAGUCUAUUCUGUCAACCUGAUGGUUUUUGUUAUGGCUGUUCCCAGGGGAUGAUUUCCCGUCAUGGUGGGUGUUAUGUAUAUAAUAUGUAAAAUCACAAAUUUCUUGUGUCGUGUUUAGAAAUUCCAAAUUUCUUCCUCGUUUCCCUUCUA